GUGCUGACACAAGUCACUGGCUAAUUUUUGGAGCCUCUUCACUGUACUAAAGGGAACAGCACCAAGUUGUCUUCAUGUCAUCUGACCAGGAUAGCUGCUACCUGUGUAAGGAAUACCUCAGGGAUCCCGUGUCCAUCCCAUGUGGCCAUGUUUUCUGCUCUAUUUGCCUGAAAACAUACUGGGACCACGCUGACCACACAGGCUCCUUCCUCUGCCCACAGUGCAGAGUCAGCUACAGCAAGAGGCCCACACCAAGACGCAUGGCGGGCUCACGGCACUCCACCAACCAACGCAACUCCGAAGCCUUUCCACCGCCGCCCCCGUCUCCUGAUUACAACUACGCAGGACCCCAGGAUGUCGGGUGUGACAUCUGCAUUGGCAAAAAGCACAGAGCCGUUAAGACCUGCCUGAUGUGUCUGGCCUCAUACUGCGAGAAGCACCUCAAGCCUCACUUCGAGUCUGCCACUUUCAAAAGGCACAAGCUGGUGGAUGAGAUUGGCCACCUGGACAGGCAGAUCUGUCCCCAGCAUCAGAAGGGUCUGGAGCUGUUCUGUCGCACGGACCAGAUGUGCAUCUGUGUGCUGUGUACAGUGAAAGAACACAAAGGUCACGACAUGGUGUCUGCUGAGCAGGAGAGAGCUGAGGAGCAGCAACGACUGGGCUCCACCCAGGCUGAGAUCCAGGAGAAGAUUCAUGACCGGCUCAAGCAGAUGGAGGAACUAAAACAAGCAGUAGACUCACUUAAGAACUCGGCGCAGAGAGCGCUGCAGGAAUGUGAGAAAAUGUUCGGCGACAUGAUGCGCUCCAUCGAGAGGAUGCAGCAAGAGAUGGCAAAGCUCAUCACCUCCAACAAGAGGGCAGCACUCAACAACGCAGAGGGCCACUUGGAGCGUCUGAGCCACGAGAUUGCUGACCUAAAGAGGAGAGACAAUGAGAUCACCCAGCUGUCCCGCACUGAGGACCACAUCCACUUCAUCCAGAGCUAUCACAUGCUGAUCGCUCAGACAGCAGCUGAGGAGCUGCCCACAGUCACCGUCAACCCCUACUUCACCUUCGGCCCGGUAAAUAAGGCCGUCUCUGAGAUGAAGCAGCACUUGAAUGAAUUUGGCAAUGAAGAGCUGGUCAAGGUAGCCAAGACAGUCAACAAGAUGACCUUCUGCCAACUGGAUGAGUCCAAAAAGAGACGGUCAACAAAACACGAGUCAAUAAAAAGUGAUGAAGCUGCCAUGUACAAGUCUGUUCCAGUGCAGGAACCUCAGUACAGGGAGGAUUUCCUGAAAUAUGCUUGCCAGCUCACUCUGGACUCAAACACAGCUUACAGACAGCUCUCCUUGUCUCGAGGAAACCGGAAAGCUACCCUCAAGAGAGACCCCCAGAACUAUGGUGACAAUCCUGCCAGGUUUGACUCCCUGCCCCAGGUCCUGUGUAAGGAGCCCCUUUCAGGUGGUGCCUACUACUGGGAGAUUGACUGGAGUGGGGAGGGGGCUGCCAUCGGUGUCACCUUCAAAGGCAUCAAGAGGUCCGGCUAUGGAGACAGCUGCCGCAUCGGAUACAACCGCAAAUCUUGGAGCCUCUUCUGUUCUGAUUCCAGCUACUCAGCCCGUCACAGCAAGGAUCAGAUAGAGGUCAACGCACCCUACUCCUCUCGCAUCGGCGUGUUCCUUGACCACGCUGGUGGUACCCUCUCUUUCUACACUGUAGGAGACACCAUGUCUCUCAUCCAUCGCUUCAAGGCCUCUUUCAGUGAAGCUGUCUAUCCAGGCUUCUGGGUUUGGUACGAGUCGGCCAUCACCAUCAUCCAGUUGUAAUUAAAUAUCACCCUUAUAUACACUGCUAAUCAAUGUACAACAGUGAUUCAGUGAUGUUGUUCAUGUACAGAACAAAGCUAUUACUUACUCUGUAAUGACAUGUUAUAAUCUCUCUGCUAUGUUCUUUUUUUCUUACAAUACAAAAUGUGUUGAGUAUCA